ACAAAACUUCGUCACGGAUCACGGAGCAUUUUUCGAAGAUUGAGGUUAGGGGUUAUAUUUGACUUUAAUUCGCUCCAAAUAAAAUGACCGUACCGUUGCCUGCGGGCGCGGGGUUGGAAAAUAUCGACGGGGAACAAAUCAAAACCUUUAAGGACUUCCUCAUUUCUUACAAUAAACUAACGGAAAUGUGUUUUCUCGAUUGCGUCUCCGAUUUCACCUCGAGGACUAUCAAAGGCAGGGAGGAUAAGUGUGCCCUAAAUUGCAUGGAGAAGUUUCUCAAAGUGAAUCAGAGGAUAUCGCAACGAUUCCAGGAGUUUCAAGUAUUGGCCAACGAAAACGCAAUGGCAGCCCUGCAGAAAUCCGGUUGAAUGUUAGAAGCAAUAGUUUAAUUCUUACUGAUAAAUUGAUUUGAUAACAAAUAAAUUUAACACAAAUUAAAUUCGAUUAAUUUUCCAGCUUCGAAAUCGGUUUUAUGUUAAAGAACAUUAUACCAUUACUUUCGAAAUUACUUACAAAGGUAAUAAUUAAUAUAUUAUC